AUGCUGCGACGAAUGCCCACGACGAUGGACGGGAAGGUGGUCGACAGACUGCAGGAGAGCACUCGCGUAUUCAAGCCCUUUAAACCGCCCACCAUUGCUGCUGUGCAGGAGCGAACCGAUUCCCUCCGGAAGCGCAAGCGCGCCGUUUCGUACAAGGGCGCUCAGAAUGAGAACGACGACGACUCGGACGACGGCGGGCGCAAGAAGAAGAAGAAGAGAGGUGAUCCGGACGAAUGCGAGCCCGUCGACAAUACGCACAAGUAUCCCGUCUUUAAGCCGAAGCCUUUCGAUCAGCUCCACAAUCGCAGGUAUUCGAUGCCAGAGAUGCGAAACAAGGAUGGCAAUAUCGUGCCCGUCGUCCUUACCAACGUGUCUCUCGGCCUACGACCACAAGCCAACCUGAUACCGAGACCACUGCACGAUCCGAUGGAGGAUCAAGCGAUCGUCCUGUACGACCCUACUAUCGACGAUCGAGAGACCGACGAGGAACGGAAGGAAAGGGAGAAGGAGGAGGCUCGCGAACAGGCGGAGAAGGCUGCAAGAGACAAAACCGUCGGCAUGUUCAACCCGCACAAGAGCCUGAGGGAGCUCCUCGGAGGAGGGAAGGAGAAGAAGAAGACGGCCCAUAAGGUUGCCGUCGUCAUCGACCCGCGCCUUACCAAGGUUCUCCGGCCACAUCAGGUCGAGGGAGUCAAGUUCCUGUUCAGAUGUACCUCCGGCAUGGUCGUCGAGAAUCAAUACGGCUGCAUCAUGGCGGACGAGAUGGGGCUCGGCAAAACCUUGCAAUGCAUUGCCCUUCUGUGGACCCUCGUCAAGCAGUCACCCCACGCGGGCAAGCCGACCAUCGAGAAGUGCAUCAUCGCCUGUCCCUCCAGUCUGGUUAAGAACUGGGCCAACGAAUUGGUCAAAUGGCUCGGCAAGGACGCAAUCUCGGCUCUUGCAGUUGAUGGCAAAGGUAGCAAAGGCGAACUUCUCGAAAGAGUGGCCCGCUGGACUGCGGCCAGCGGGCGCAAUGUCACCCAACCAGAUCGCGUCACUAAAUCGCCGAACAUGUCGAAAGUGAUGAUCGUGUCGUACGAAACCCUGCGAACGCUCACAGUUUAUCUCAACGGCUGCAAAAUCGGACUCUUGCUCUGCGAUGAAGGCCAUAGAUUGAAGAACGCUGAAUCACAGACGUAUCAGGCGCUCACCGGCCUUGACGUGAAGCGUCGUGUGAUCCUGACUGGCACACCGAUCCAGAACGAUCUCACCGAAUAUUUUUCACUGCUCGACUUCGCAAACCCUAAUUAUCUCGGCACUCGGAACGAAUUCCGAAAGAACUUUGAGAACAUCAUCAUCCGCGGACGAGAUGCCGACGCCACGGACAAGGCGAAGGAAGACUGCGAGAAGAAGCUCAAAGAGCUCAGUGGACUGGUCACCAAAUUCAUCAUCCGGCGCACGAAUGACCUGCUGUCCAAAUAUCUGCCCGUCAAGUACGAACAGGUCGUGUUCUGCAAGCCAUCGCCGCUUCAGUUGUCGUUGUAUCGCCUCUUCAUUGCCUCCCCCGAGAUCAAAGCCCUCUUGCGCGGCAAAGAGUCACAGCCUCUGAAGGCCAUCAACGUUCUCAAGAAGCUAUGCAAUCAUCCAGAGUUGUUAGAUCUGCCGAAAGACUUGCAUGGAUCAGGCUCAUUAAUCCCCGACGACUUUUGCGGGAUGGGAGAGAGCGCAACCAGGAGCGGAGGCUCCAGUUCCCGAAGCCGCGGUGGCGGCGGCGCACAGAUCGUGCACCCCGAGUGGAGCGGGAAAUUCGUCGUGCUUGAUAGGUUCCUUGCGCAAAUAAACGCGGGGAAUGCGGACAAGGAGAAUAAGGACAAGAUUGUGUUGAUCAGCAACUACACGCAAACCUUGGAUUUAUUCGAGCGCCUCCUUCGCGCCAGAAAUGGUUACUCUAACAGGUACCAUUACUACCGCCUGGAUGGUACCAUGACCAUUCCGAAGCGUCAGAAGCUCGUGGACGACUUUAACAACCCGACCAGCAAGGAGUUCAUCUUCUUACUCAGCAGUAAAGCCGGCGGAUGCGGUAUCAACCUUAUUGGGGCAAACCGAUUGAUAUUGUUCGAUCCUGACUGGAAUCCUGCCGCUGACCAGCAAGCGCUUGCCCGAGUCUGGCGUGAUGGCCAGAAGAAAGCUUGCUUUGUCUAUCGUUUCAUCAGUACGGGUACCAUCGAAGAGAAGAUAUUCCAACGGCAGGCGUCCAAGCAAGCCUUGUCCUCAGCCGUCGUCGACGAGAAGGAAGACGCGGAACGCCACUUUUCCCUCUCGCAGCUCAGAGAGCUGUUCCUGUUCAACGAGAACACGCUCUCGGAAACGCACGAGACGUUCAAGUGCAAGCGGUGCAAGAACGGCAAGCAGCUCAUCAAGGUACCUGCGAUGUUGUACGGCGACGCUAGCACAUGGAAUCAUUAUACCAAUCCCGAAUUAAGGAACAAUCACGACGACCUCUUGCGUCAGGAAGUCAGCUUGCCAGAGGUGUCUUUCGUGUUCCAAUAUAUCAGCCAUUGA